UGCGGCAGUCAACUUUACCAUCGUUUAUCUGGCGACCAUUCUUUGUCUAUGGCAUUCCCUCUGGAGAGACUUUAACAGCCGCUUUGGUUUCCUUUCCUGCGAAACUUCAAUAGGCCAGAGGAACCAAGCGCGAGUAGACGUCUCAUUAAUAUGAGCAGCUUGGGACACGGUUAAACCGAUAGAGCCAGGAAAUGGGCAUAGACGUAUAGACCAUUGCUAACAGCUGUGAGAUUGUUGAACACAGUUGUGCACACAGACCAGAAUGGGUUCGGCUGCAGACGCCUUCAGUCGCUCCUGGAGAUGUGAAGGGAACAACUAAAUUGGACCGAGCUGCAUGGAGUUAUAACGGGAUUGAAGCGGAUUUCUUUUUGUUUUGCAGUGAAGUAUCCAAACUGCAUUUAUAAAACUAAAACCUACACCUUUUGGGGGGGAAUCAUGUUCCGUGCGUUCGCUUCACCGAUGAAAGCGGAACGCAGUCGGAACAAGGAGCGCCUGGAGGCCAGCUUGGCCGGUCUGUGUGAGCUGGAGCUAUUGAAACAGAGGCAGGAAUGUCUGGUGUUGAGCGCCCUCUGCCUCGGGGACUCCGGGACUGUCCACGGACGCCCGGCGUGGGGAGACCUCCGGGGGUCGAUCCGCUGCGCCGCGGACACGCCAAACGGCGGUGUGUGUGACGACUCCGGGCUCCGACGUCAGCAGUCGGGCAGUCUCCAGUGCACCCCCUGGGGCAUCAUGGCCUCCCUGGAGGAGCAGGUGGCGGAGCUGGGCAUCAACGGAGCCGACGCCAGGCCAACCGACUACCCCGCCACCGCCGCCUACCCUGCGGACGGUCCCCGUAGCCCCGAGGAGCCCCUGGCGCCGGGUCGAGAUGGGACCUCCGGAGGUCGGGCUCCUUCAGCCCUUCUCCGCCGCCUGCUCCAACGCCACCAUGGAUCUGUCUUUCCUAGAAGACCCGCGGAGACGGAGCAGACCUGGCUGCUGGAGGCUCCCAAAGCUGAAGACAUCGCAGACCGCAUGGACGAGAUGGAGCACGGGGAACGCAGAGAGGAGGACCACGAGGAAGCCCAACGGAUGGAGACGUAUAUAUCCGGACUCGUCCAACGCAGGACCGUGGUCGCGCGCCCAUCAAAGCCCCGCACAAACGCGCCACAUGACCCCCGGGCCAUCACCGUGGUGAGGCAGAGCAGCCUGUGCCGUAAAGAGGACCAACAUCCGGGGAUGCAGGGAACCAUCCAAAGUCACAUGCCAGGGCUCCCUUCUUCCCCCCCAAAGCCCAGAGGGACAAUAUCCGCAGGCUUGCCGCGGCAUGGAUCUGGAGUGCAUCAAGAGGCGGCGUUUACAGACGACUCCCCGCACCCGUACCACCACCAGAUGCAGCCUAGCACCCAACAUCACACCAGCUUCUACCCCAGAAACAGGCAGCAUGCACCGGGGAGCACGCCUCGCUCCGCCUCGAUGGACUACCAGCCCUGCAGGGGGCCCGGUCAAGCCCAGUCCAACCCCAGCAACGGGGAAGCGGACUCCAUGCCCAAGCACUUCAGCGGCUACCCUUCCCCUCCGCAGCCGGCCCACCCCCCUCCAGCCGACGAGCAGCUGGUGAACGCCGAGUACAUCCCGGCCCAGCCCUGUCGAACGUCGACCCAGGCGUCCUCCCAUCACCACCCCAAUCCCCUGAAGGGCUGGACGAGCGACGGCCACCCAGAGCAGCAGCAGCUCCCCGUAGCUCAUCAGCCUCAGCACUCGAGGGCCAGAGCGGGCCCCAGGAAAGGCCGCCAGACUGACGACAAAAGCGGGGCGACCAGGAAGCAGGGGAAGAAGGCCUGCCGCUCCCAGUCGGAGAACAGCCUGCAGCGGGUUCCAGAGCGCAAGUACAACACGGUGGAGCGGGACGGCGGCGGCGGCGGGGGCGGAGGCAGCGGCGGCGGGGGCGGAGGCAGCGGCGGCGGGGGCGGCAGCGGGAGCGGCAGCGGGAAGGGAAGCCGCGGCAGCCAGUCCAAGGGAAGGAAGUCCCACCAGGGGAGCGGCGGGUACCGGCGUUGGCGGUCCACCCUUGAGCUCAGUCAGGACGAGGCGGAGCAGGCCCCCGCGCAGCCCCCCGCUGCCCCCCAGCACGCCUCGGCGUCCGGCCAGAGGGAGCCCUGUGGAAAGCGCUCGCGUAAAUCCCGUCCGACGCACAGCUCGUAUUCGCACGCCCACCCCAACCCAAACCCAAACCCCAACCCCAACCCCCACCAACACCACCACCACCACCACCACAAUCACCAAAACCCCAUCCACCACCACCACCCGCUGGUGGAGUACCAGGCAGGGAGGGAGCAGGCCCCGCCGUGCCGACCCAACGAGGGUUACUCUCACCCGGGGCACGGGGAGUCAGAGUCCAGCACCAGCGAGGCGGACUCCCCGGACUCCAGCUCCCUGUCCAGCGACUCAGACGAGAGCGGCGGGCUGGUAUGGCCCCAACAGCUCCCCCCUCAGCUCUCGCUCCCGUCACCCCCGUCAGUGCCCAGCGGAGCCCCCCUGCAGCCCAAGGCCUUUGUCAAGAUAAAGGCCUCGCACGCCUUGAAAAAGAAGAUUUUGCGCUUCCGCACUGGUUCGCUCAAAGUCAUGACCACUGUUUGAAGCAAGACUUGAUUAUAUGGGGUGAUGUGAUGAGUGGGUUGUUCAAGCCCAUAUCAGGUUUGUAUGUUUUUCAGUAGCUGUCACACAAGAUAGAAUGGGAGAAUUGUGUGUUAACAUAAAAACUGAUACGGUACGACAGUGUUCUUAAGAGAACUAGUGUCAAAGCCUGUCAACUCAAGAAGAUGAUCUUGGAUCCAUCCUGGAUAGUAAUUGAAAACUAAUGUGUCCAACACCUGUAUCGCAGGGUAUGUGCUAGCUCAAACAUAAAUGAUUGAUUAAUGGGCAUAAGACCCUCUCUAAAUGGUAAGACACUAGUAAGAUCAUCUAUAUUGUCACUGUCUCAAACCCUGAUCAACUUUCACCAACUAGUCAAAAGGACAAAUCAAAAUGACAUGAAUUCCCUACAGACAAUCAAUCAUAUCAUGGUCCUUUUUCCUAACUUUGUUUUCUGCAAUUGCAAUUCUGCAUAGUUUACAAUAAGUGUGUAUUUAUGUGUGGGAGAUGUCGUGUGUGGGUUGGGUCUGAAUGAGGGGAAAGGCUGUCACCAAAAACGGAGUGAAACAUAAGUUUUGCCUAAAUGCCUGUGAUUGAUCACUGCAGCCAUAUCUUGGAAGUGAUUUCCUUGUAGCCUCUAUAGGACAAGGAAAGACACGUUUGGUGCAGAGUUGAAUAUAUCUAAAUCCUUUUGUUUUCAGAAUUUUGCAGCCAUCGUUUGCUGGAAAAUACUGCUUUGUCUUCUGGGAUAUUUCAUCAAAAAGGCAAAAGUACAAUCAAAGGCUAAUUUGUUUCAAACUAGGUGUUUUGGAUAUCCAAAUUUGCCAAAUGAUAAUAUUAAUGAUAAUAAUAACUUUAUUUAUAUCGCACUUUUUCAUUAGAUGUUUAUAAGUGCUGUCGCAUGAAUAUGGAAAUGAUUCACAAUAAAUAUGAGAGGAAAUUAGUUAUGUCAAACAUUACUCAAAAAUAAUUAAAGAAUCAUUUAAGUACAAGCAUUAAUCAAACAAAAUAAAUUCAUGAAAAGUACAAAUAGGCCAGAAAGGUGCACAAUUAGGUUACUAUUCAUGGGGGAAAACAUCUAGCUUCCAGCAAUCAUGUCCGGUUUUACCUUGCCGUCUUUAUUUUACACAAGAGAAGGUUGUAUCAGGCAGUUUAUUUGCGUAAAGCGUCAAAAGCCAAGCUAAUAAGGUGGACAAAUCCUUUUUAAACUCAUAUUGACCCACUGGUCUGGUUUGUUUGUCAAGGGUGCAUUGAAAUAAAGGAGUAUUUCUUCGUCUGCGGAGAUCUAAGUCAACGUCUUUUGGUUAGAAGUAGAUGCCCUCUUUCAAGAAAAUGUGAAGUGUUGCCGAAAAAAGAAUUAUAAAAAGAAUUUAGAGGAGUGAGCUCUGUACAGCUUAAAUACAAGGUACUGUAACAUAUUACAUUAACAAAGAUUUUGUGAAGUUAUGUAUAAAGCGAAGUCUGUAAAAUAAUUAAUAUGCAGUUUUUGUUAUGUAGUAGUGAAUGCAGAAAUGCUCACUAGUGAGACUGAAGUCACUCACAAGAGUGACAAAGGUUCUAAUCCUCAGUUUCCACGGCCACGGUAUAUACCGUUUUUUGAGAUAUAAUACCAUUUUUGCUUUUGUCAUGCUGCUUUGAUCUUAGUAACAUGUGUGGCCUACCAGGAUUUUGCUAUUCCAAAGAAUGUACGUAAUUUUACGUUUGUCACUUUAAGUAAUCGACAGUAUUAUCUUUUAAGGUGCACUAGCCCACUAUUACUAUUAGCUUAUCUUUUGUACUACGUUUUGGGUGUCUCAAUGCAGUGUAUGAAAUGUAAAGGUUCUUACUUAAUAAAAAAAAUAGCAAGUACUACUAA